AUGCUCAAGUCUCAUCCGACCUCAAUAUAUGAGAGCCCCUUCAUCCUUACACCUAUCCGGACAAUACCACGCGUAAACAUACCACUCUGCUUCCUCGAUGCCGGCAACUCAUCUGGCCCACCAGCUAUUCCGGUCUGCGACCUCUUUUCAGCGAAUAUCCCGGUCCUCGAAGAUGAAGAACAGGAUACGGGUGGUCCGUUAUUAUCCAAGAUCCUCAUCGCACAGCUACAGGCCGGCCAAAGCAAGCCGUUUUAUGCCGUAGAAAGGGUGAAGAACCGCAUAUAUGCAUUGCGGAAGCUGGCAAUAUGGGUCACAACGAAGGACCUGGCCGAGAUCUCAGGCGCACCCGAAGGGGAUACUCAAGGCUUUCAUAAGAUGGUGAGACCUGACGAGAAGGAGAAUUGGUGGAGCGGUGCAAUGCUACACAAGAAAUGCCAUCUAAAGGGCAAGGAACCUGAGAAACCCCGUGUCCCUCUUUUCGACAUGUCAGUGCCGCCUCCCAAGCAAAACAUUCCCACACCAGAUAUAGAGCAACCGCCAUAUGGAGAACCAUCGACUGAAGAUACUGGCAUAAACCAUUUCGAACCCGAACGCCCACUAGCCUCCGCUGAAGAUGUGUUCGGAAAUUUGGUCGUCGAAUACCUCAAGAUACUCUACACCUCCCGAACAUCACUCGCAUACUUCGCGAAAGGACCGCUCUCGCGCGCACGAAAUCAUUUCAGCGGCUCCGAGAACGGCGCGGUGCGAAUCUCUGAACUUUCAGAUCAUCUGAAGACCAUGGUGCUUUCAGCAUCUCAAAUGGACACAAAGUACAAGGAGAAGAUUCCUGAGACCGUGAGACCAAUUCCGAUUGUUCCGAUGUCGGACGAUGAAUCUCCCCAAAAGAAGAAACCGAAGAAGCCGGGCAUAAGGAAGUUGAAACUUAAAAGGGACGGCCUUUACGGUGUUGAAGAGGAGUACAUCAAGCAGUGGUGGAGAAACCCUGGCGAGACGGUCAGAGUCGCACACGAUGAUACUCUAGAGCAGAUCAUCCGGCGGCUGGCAUCGGCACUAAGGAUUCGAGAGACCCUUGCGCAGAUCGUAAUCAUCCUGGAGAUUCUCGCCAUCGAACAAUCUCCGCAAUACAAAUCCGAAGUUGCUACCAGAGACGAUGCUGAAAGCCAAAUUGGGGACCUAGAAGCAGGGAUGCCUAAGAAAUCAAAGAGGAAGAAAAAGGCCCAAAAUCUCGAGCUUGUAGUCGACCUCCUGGUAGACAAGCUCUGCAUCUGGCAAUCGAUGGAUGAAGGAAUCCCGGCCGUAACACCGGACGCGAAACAUGGUACCUCGGAUCAGCCUGAAAACCGGGAUAGGCCUCGAAGCUUCUGUAUCGAAGUCAUCGUCCCUUUCUACAUGGCUCGCAUCCCACAACUUGCAUCCUCAAUCAGCAAAAAGCUUGGCGGCCCAUCGGCACCCUCGCCCCUGAGACCGAAACCUGCGAAGGCCAUCAGCUCGUCGAAGGGAGAGCAUCCAAAGGUGCCCUUACCUGAUAAAAAGUCGGCCAGACGACCCUUGCAGCGGAUUGCUACAGAGACCAACUCAUCUGCCACACCUCGACAACACCCCAAGCUGGCGCGAUCGUCAACCGACUCUCUCCUCCCCAUCAAGCGUGAAGUCUCCGAGCAACCCGCUUCCCUGUCCGCCAUCCCUUUCGCCGUGAGCGAUACCAAUCACCCAUCGAAGCGAGCCGCUUCUCGCGGCUCCAUGUCGCAAUUCUCCAAGUUCAAGCAACGGGAGGUCAACCUCAACGCUUUCAGUUCCGCCACGUCUGCUAAAGUUGCACGGAAGAAACAAGCCGAGAGCCAGCUGCUGCGCGAAGCUAUUGGCCAAAUUCGCAAGCCGGAUCGCGCAAAGGCAGGCCAAGAGUACCUGGAUGGAGUCGAGCAACAACGUUCCACUACCACCAAAGCUCGAAAACCC